AUGCAAUUGAUCUCAACCCUCCUUGCUACUCUCACUGUCAUUGCCUCUGCUGCCUCUGCUGGUCCUUCUCAUGCUAUGGAAUCCGCUGCCGCUGUAGCAACAAACACCACCACCAACACCACCACUCCUGCUGUCGUUCCUGAAGCGCAUAUGAAGUAUGGCUACAAUCCUCCUCGUGUCAACCCCGAGUACUGCAAAGGUUUCCAGAUCGAUUACCCUACCUCUCGUGAUUUGGCCUUUGAAGCAGGCUCUCACCAAUAUGUCAAGUGGUCUGUCAAUACCGAGGGUCUCAAGAGCAUUCCUCUUCAAGUAUUCCGUAUCCGUAUCAUGGACGAAGAUCAGCGCAAUUUUAUCACUGUUGGUGAAUACAUCCCUCUGUAUAAUGACAAGGAAAACAAGACCGGGUCGACCUUCUUCCCUCUCAAUCUUGAUGGCUCUGAUGGAAAUUAUCAUGGCCGUAUCAUGGUCAUUUACUCUGAUCAACCUGUCCACUGUGUCUAUGAAACUGUCAAUUUCAGGGUCAUUCAUGGCCCCAAUGACAAGAUUGCCGAGGAUUUGACACCCUAUCUUGAAGAGAACCCUGCUUUUCUUCACUCUGCUAUCAACAUUGACUAUCUCUAUGUCCAAGGUCAAAACAAAACCAUCACUGAGUUCCAAGCCUCUUGA